CGACGACUCGGGACCGGGCGGAAUCGGAAUUGGAAAGUGGAACGUGGAAAGUGCUCUCUGUUUCUUUUCGGCCCCGACGACUACGACCGACUAGCUAAGCCGCCGCCCACCCGGCCCUAUAUAAUGAAGGUACUCGUCACCGGCGCCUCUGGUUACCUCGGCGGCCGGCUCUGCCACGUCCUUCUGCAACGAGGCCACUCCGUCCGCGCCUUGGUCCGUCGCACCAGCGACCUUUCCUCCCUCCCCGAUCCCGCCGGUGUUGACUUCGAAUUCGCCUACGGUGAUGUCACUGAUUACCGCUCGCUCGUCGACGCCUUCAGCGGCUGUACCGUCAUCUUCCACGCCGCCGCCGUCGUUGAGCCGUGGCUCCCGGAUCCGUCCAAGUUCUUCUCGUAGGUCAACGUAGAAGGAUUGAAGAAUGUGCUGCGAGCUGCCGGAGAAACAGAAUCGGUGCAGAGGAUCAUCUACACGUCGUCGUUCUUCGCUCUCGGGCCGACCGACGGUCAUACAGCGGAUGAGAACCAGCGCCAUCCCGAGGAAUUCUUCUGCACCGAGUAUGAGAGAUCGAAAGCCGCCGCGGAUAAGGUUGCUUUGAAGGCUGCUUCCGACGGUGUCCCGAUUGUCUUGUGCUAUCCCGGUGUGGUGUAUGGCCCCGGAAAGCUCACUACCGGCAAUGUCGUGGCUAGAUUGGUAAGUUCUGGUAGCUGAAUUCCUGUGGUGAUUAGUACGUUGCGGUUAGAAUUUGCGUGAAAUUAGGGUUUGGAAUUGAAAUUGGAUUCAACUGGAAAUGUGGUCUAGCCUAGUCAAUGUAUGUCAAUGCUGCCUCUUCUGAGGCUCUCUGCUAGUCAAGAACAUCCUUUUCUGUAGAAGAACUAAGUCGAACCCAAAUUAGAGCUAGGUAUGGAUGGGUGGCAUGCUGGGACAACUGAUUUGAGAAUGAUGGCCAAUGUUAUUUCUGUGGACAUUUCCUCCCUUGGAGGCCACAAUCAAUCAUCUAAACCCCUUAAUAAAAUUGAAGCUGUUCUCGUGUAUUUAGCAUGCACUAGAAUGGUGUGGAUCAAAUUACAUGCACUUGUGUUGAUGAGCAAAUCAGGAUCAGUCGAUGAUUCAGUUUAUGGUAUACCUUUUCGUUUCUGAACCUGGCAAACAUUUCUGGUUCAGCUUAUUGAGCGCUUCCAGGGGCGUUUACCUGGAUACAUAGGUUCUGGGCAAGAUAGAUGUUCUUUCAGUCACGUUGAUGAUGUAGUGCAAGGUCACAUAGCAGCAAUGGAGAAAGGCCAGCUUGGCGAAAGAUACCUGCUAACGGGAGAAAAUGCAUCGUUCAAGCAAGUUUUCGAUAUGGCUGCAGUCAUCACAGGAACAAGCAAGCCAAAGAUAAACAUUCCUCUAUGGGCCAUCGAAGUCUAUGGAUGGGUGUCGGUUCUGGUCUCUCGGAUCACAGGAAAGCUGCCUCUAAUCAGCCCCCCGACUGUGCGUGUUCUGAGACACCAAUGGGCAUAUUCCUGUGAAAAGGCGAAGAACGAUCUGGGUUACAAUCCUCGAAGCUUGAAGGACGGAUUACUGGAGGUGCUUCCCUGGUUGAAGAGCUUGGGGGUGAUUGAGUACUGACUGUUUUUAAACUCCCAUAGAAGUGAAAUCCUGAGCUCGGGUAAAUGAUCUCCCGCUAAAAUAAGCUGAAUAGAACUAAUGCAUUCAGAUUAUAAAAAAUGCAGUUGAUGUCUAACCACUUUUACGUAAACAGAAUAAAUAUGUUGGUUAAAAUGUAUUUUUAGUUAUAUGUGG